AUGGCGCCUGCAAUUCAGUACGAGCUCUCGCCGCCUCCCGCCGACGCGGUAUCCGCCCUCUCCUUCGCCCCCGGCGCCCAGAGCUCGACGAAGCUCCUCGCAGCAUCCUGGGAUAGACACGUGCACCUGUACGAUAUCAAGGGCGAGGAUGGCCAGGGCGAGCUGGUGCGCAGCUUCGAGCAUCGCGCGCCCGUGCUGGACGUGUGCUUUGGCGAGGAUGCGGACGAGGCCUUUAGCGCGGGUAUGGACUGGCAGGUCCUGAGGUUGGAUUUGACGACUGGUGAGCAAACGGUUCUGAGCAAGCAUUCUGCGCCCGUGAGGCGAGUGGUCUACUGCCGCGAUCAAGCGCGCAAUCUGACUACUCUGCGCCCCCGCGACGCUCUCUCACAGGAAUCCUCGUCUCUGCCUCGUGGGACUCCACUCUCCACUUCCACAGCCUCAAGAACCCUCCGCCGAGCCCUCACCGUCACCCUACCGGGCAAGCCCCACGCCCUCGCCGCGAGCUCGACGAAGCUCGUCGUGGCCAUGACCUCCCGCCUCGUUUCCAUCUACGACCUGUCGGCGGCCUCCGAAGCCCUCUCCUCGGGCGCAUCCUCCCUCGACGCCUGGCAGCAGCGCGAGUCCUCCCUCAAGUUCCUCACCCGCGCCGUCUCCUGCAUGCCCAACGAUGCCGGCUACGCUACUAGUAGUAUCGAGGGCCGCGUCGCCGUGGAGUGGUUCGAAGACUCGGCCGAAUCCCAGGCCCGCAAGUACGCCUUUAAGUGCCACAGGCAGGCCGCGCCCGAGGGCGAUGGCGACGUCGUCUACCCCGUCAACGCCCUCGUCUUCCAUCCGGGCUACGGUACCUUUGCCACGGGCGGCGGCGAUGGCCACGUCGCCCUCUGGGAUGCCGAGGCCAAGAGGCGGAUGAAGCAGUACCAAAAGUUCCCCGAUAGCGUCGCCGCGCUCGCCUUCUCCUCCGAUGGGCGGCACCUUGCCAUUGGCAUCUGCCCGGGCUUUGAGACCGGACAGGAAGACUACUCGGGUGAAGGGCGCACAAAGAUCUUUGUGCGAGAGUUGGGCGAGGCUGAAGCCAAGCCCAAGGGGGCUAAAUAA